CACGUGACAUGACAAGUUAAACUCCGCCCUUCAUUGAAGACUCGGACACACCGUUCUCCUGGAAAAGGAAAGACUGCAUCGAGAGAACAAUGGGAGUUGACGUCGAGACUCUUAGACCCGGAGACGGAAAUACUUUUCCGAAGAAGGGGAGCAUGGUCGCCGUGCAUUACGUCGGCACGCUAACAAACGGGAAGAAAUUUGACUCCUCCAGGGACCGAGGAGAGCCCUUCACGUUUAAACUGGGAGCUGGUGAAGUUAUCCGCGGCUGGGAUGAAGGUGUAGCUCAGAUGAGCCUUGGUCAGUUGGCCAAGCUGACCUGCACUCCGGAUUACGCUUAUGGAAGCAAGGGUUAUCCACCCAUCAUCCCUGCAAACUCUACCCUCAUCUUUGAGGUUGAGCUCCUGAAAUGCUGAGUUUUUACACUGAAAGCUAUUCCAGAGUAUUGUGUUUUUUGGGGGUUUUUUUCUUUUCUGUCCACAUUUUUCACUUUUGGUGAAAUGGUAAGUGAAUCGUACUUGUAUAAAGCUUUGUUAGAAAUAUGGAAUCAGAAGCCUAUUCUCACACAAUAACCACCAUGCUAAUGACAACUGUGCUAUAUUGGUGCUAAUCUAAUUCUCAGGCCCAUGAACUUGAAGUGAACAUUGGAUCAAUCUGGCUUCAUUAUUUAUUUAUUUUUCUCCUUAAAGCCAAAUGAUAUUGACAUUCCCUAUUUUUCAAAGUAAAUAUAGCAGGCCAGAAGUAACAGAAAUGGUGCAGUACUGAAACUUGGACCAUGCUCAUGUUUGUUUUUGUGUAUCUUCCUUGUUAAAAACACACACUGGGAAUGUAACACGGUUAUCUUGCACAGUUUAGACAAUAGGAUUUUAUCAGCUUAAUAUUAUGAUGUUUCAUAUUUGAUCUUAAAGCCUAACAAAUAUAUACUGGUCCUUCGAUAUCGAUUUAUUCAUCAAUGUGCUUGAAACAACCGAUAAACAGAAUUUGACUGGUUUUCGAAAGACUCAAUAUUUAUACUUUCUAAUUCAUUCAUUCACCUGAAAUCAAAUUAACUAGAAGCACAUGGGUGAGAAAGUGCAAAUGACACAAAAUACAAUCUUCUCACAAAAGCUGUGGGGUUUUUUUCACGUGAUUUUUUUUUCUGUGCUUUAAAAAGUAGUAUGGUGUUAAACUGACCUUAACACCUUUAGUAAAGUGUGGUUUUCUUUUUUUUCCCCUUGCAGUAGACUGUGACUUUAUUUUGCACAUUAAAGCAAUGAAUCAAUAAGGAUUAACUCUCACUAAGAGCUUGUGAUUAAAGUGGUUGCCUUUUGUGUUGUUUUUUUUCCAGUUUAACAAGUAUUCACAUGGUUUUUAAACGUUUCAAGUCUGCUUUGACCCAAAGUGUUCUUGUGUUAAGCCACAGUGAAAACACUUUUUAUUUUUUAUUUUGCAAUGCUCUUUUCCUUUUCAGUGUAACCCAUUAAGUCUGAUUAAAACCAGAAAACUGUAUAAUG